AUGCUCGCGACCAUCCGCGACGCGUUAUCCCCUGCAUCUCCGUCCGAUGAGGAGGCCUCGACUCGGCCUCCGCGGUAUGAUGGCGAAGACACCACCCCGACCAGCCCACGCGAAAUCGCGGGCUGGUACUGUUAUGGGAUUGCAGCCGAAGUGUUCGCCGUCUGCGGUGUUGGAUCUUUCUUACCACUGACUCUCGAACAAUUGGCUCGCGAAAAUGGGAUCCUACAGACAAGUCAGCUACCCUGCUGGGGACCCUCGGCCCCCGAAAAUAAGGGCGAUGAACAAUGCAUAGUCAAUGUACUCGGCCUCCGAAUCACCACCGCGAGCUUUGCCAUGUACACCUUUUCGCUGGCAGUGCUAGUCCAGGCGCUGACGUUGAUCUCCUUCAGUGCGCUGGCCGACUAUGUGGUUGGAGUCACCUGUCUGGGCUCUUCGUUCGUGGUACUCAAUUCGUUCUUACCACUGCUGGUCGCCAACCAUCCGAGUGUACAGCACACCGAUGCGGGCCGUGAGGGUAGCGCCAGCGAAGAGAUGGCAGAUUUGACUCGGGAUGAUGAGAUCAAUGGCUGGAACGAUUGGGAUGACAAUGACAGCUCGGCGGGGAUGCAUGCCGACCCCAAUCCAACAACAAGUUCCCGUGGUGGACUGAACGGCGCACCGCAUGAUUCCACCGCCACAUCACUGCAGCUGUCCACCAAGAUAUCGGCCAAGGGAGUAGGUCUUGGUUAUUGUGCGGCGGUGCUCGUGCAAAUCCUCAGUAUCGGCAUGCUCAUUCUGCUCAACAAGACUUCACUGCCCAAGAAAUCGGGCUCGCUUCCGUUGAGAUUUGUUUUGCUUCUGGUGGGCCUUUGGUGGUGCGCUUUCACACUCGUGACUCGUCAGUGGCUACGGGACCGACCAGGCCCCCCACUGGAUACAUUUCAGCACUCCAGGGCGGCUCGUUGGCGCGUAUGGUUGCGACUGGUCAGCUUUGCGUGGAGAUCUCUCUGGCAGACUAUCACCAUCGCCGUGCGUCUGCGAGAAGUGAUCGUCUUCCUGGUCGCUUGGUUCCUCCUCUCUGACGCGAUGGCGACUGUUUCUGGAACAGCCAUUCUGUUUGCCCGAACGGAGCUUCAGAUGAGUACAACCGCGAUAGGCUGCUUGUCGGUGACCGUUACCCUCUCAGGUAUGGCUGGGGCCUUCCUCUGGCCGCAUGUGUCUCGACGAUUUGGACUUGAGCCAAACCAUACAAUCAUGGUGUGUAUCGCCCUGUUUGAGAUCAUUCCACUUGAGGCUGCUUUCUACGCCUUGUAUGCGGCGACCGAUAAAGGUAGUUCUUUCAUCGGGCCCGCGAUUGUCGGUGUGCUGAUCGAUGCCACUGGCACCGUGCGUGCGGGAUUUUUCUUCAUUGCGAUUCUGAUCGUCUUGCCCAUCCCGCUGGUUUGGAUGGUUGACGCGGAGAAAGGUCGCAACCAGGCCCUGAAAAUGGCGAGUUCUCUUGUCAAGUCCCACGAGUCACGUCAUAAGGACGCCGACGACGGCAUGGAGGCCGAGGGCUUGCUCAACCACCGGUCGUAG